AACAAAUAAAUGCAACAACUACCGCCUGCAUGCCCUUGAACGGGCAUCUGCUCACUGCAGCUUCGUCAAUCGCCAACGCCAACAUCAGCAUCUAUUCUCAUACCAAUGCAGUACUAGCAGCGACCAACAAUCGCCCUCCUGCUGCAGUUAUCGGUGUUCCUCCUGUUUCUACCGUGGCUGUCAGCGUCAAUGGCACUUCAUUGAAUACUUCAAGUGGCGGCAAUAACUAUACUAAUCCGCCUAUAUUCAACCACCCGCCCAUCAUUUCACCCACAUUCAUCGAACACAAGUACUCGGCGAAUACUUUCAAAGAGAAAUUUUUGGCAAACCUGCGUGCCAACCAUAGUAGCGCCCACAAAUCAAAUAAUAAUAUCAAUGGUAGUAGCAACAAUAAACAAUCGUCUGACAAUUGCAAUGCUACUACCAAUGACAGUAACAACAAUAAUGGCAACAAUGCCAAUGCGGUCGCUAAUGAAGCUGGUACCGAUAAUUUGAUGGGCAAUCACUCUAGCAGCGACUCAACAGCCAACGCUACUGUCGGUAUCGAUGACUUGUGUUCCAUACAACAGCAAUUAAGUGAAAACUAUAAUAAGAACACGAUUUAUCAGAAGACAAUAAAUUGA